CCCGCCCCGCCCCGCCCCGCCAUGCUGCGCUGGGGGCCGGCGCGGAGGGCGGCCGGGCUCCUCCGCCCGCCCGCCGCCGCCCCCCGCCCCGCCGCCCCCCCCCGAGCGCGAUUCCUGAGGGGAACCGCGGCGGGGGAGCCGCGGCCGGCGCCGGGCUCGGCCCCCGGGACGGGGAGAGUGUACCUGGAGACGUACGGCUGCCAGAUGAAUGUCAACGACGCGGAGAUCGCCUGGGCCAUCCUGCAGAAGAACGGCUACGCGAGGACCAAGGAGCUGGAUGAGGCAGAUGUGGUUCUCCUUGUCACCUGUUCUGUGAGGGAGAAGGCGGAGCAGGCCAUCUGGAAUCGCCUGCGGCACCUCAAGGCGCUGAAGGCCCGGCGGCAGCAGGCUCGCUUGCCCCUCCGCAUCGGGAUCCUCGGAUGCAUGGCUGAGAGGCUUAAGGAGGAGAUUCUGCACAGGGAGAAGCUAGUCGAUGUUGUGGCAGGCCCUGAUGCGUAUCGCGACCUUCCCCGGCUGCUGGCCGUGGCAGAGUCUGGCCAGCAAGCUGCUAAUGUCCUGCUGUCGCUAGAUGAGACUUACGCAGACAUUCUGCCUGUCCAGACAAGCGCAGGUGGCACGACAGCCUUUGUAUCCAUCAUGCGGGGCUGCGACAACAUGUGCAGCUACUGCAUCGUGCCCUUCACCCGCGGCCGUGAGAGGAGCCGCCCCAUCGCGUCCAUCCUGCAGGAAGUGAGGCUGCUCUCGGACCAGGGGGUGAAAGAAGUGACCCUUUUGGGUCAGAACGUCAACAGCUUUCGAGACAUGUCUGAGGUGCAGUUUCAGUCAGCUGCUGCCCCAGUCCUCAGUCGUGGCUUUAGCACAGUCUACAAAGCUAAACCGGGAGGCUUGCGCUUUGCACAUCUUCUAGACCAGGUUUCUAGAAUUGAUCCCGAAAUGAGGAUCCGUUUCACCUCUCCACACCCCAAGGAUUUUCCUGAUGAGGUGCUGCAGCUUAUCCGGGAGCGACACAACAUCUGCAAACAGCUGCACCUCCCGGCCCAGAGCGGAAGCACGCGGGUCCUGGAGGCCAUGCGGCGCGGGUACACAAGAGAAGCAUAUUUAGAGCUCGUACACCAUGUGCGUGAGUCCAUUCCAGGAGUGAGCUUAAGUAGCGACUUCAUUGCCGGCUUCUGUGGAGAGACAGAGGAAGAUCACCAGCAGACCGUGUCCUUGCUGCGGGAGGUCCGGUACAACAUCGGCUUCCUGUUUGCCUACAGCAUGAGACAGAAAACCCGGGCCCAUCACCGGCUGCAAGACGAUGUGCCUGCAGACAUAAAAAAGAGGCGGCUGGAGGAGCUCAUUACUGUCUUUCGAGAGGAGGCUGCGAGGGCAAACGAGGCGAUGGUGGGCCAGUCUCAGCUGGUGCUGGUGGAAGGGCCCAGCAAGCGCUCUGCCUCGGAGUUGUGUGGGAGGAAUGACGGCAACAUCAAGGUGAUCUUCCCCGAUGCCGAGGUGGCGGAUGCUGCGGGCUGCGAGGCUCUGGCCAGAGCCCAGCCAGGGGACUAUGUGCUGGUGAAGGUAACCUCUGCCACCUCGCAGACCUUGAAGGGAGUUCUGCUCUGUCGUACCACCCUCUCCCGCUCUGCGGCUUCUCACUGAGGUGUCCCUGCUGCCCGUGGACAGAAGCAGCGUGUUUUCUCCAGGAAGAAACAAGGAGGUUUGGCCAGGUGGAGACAGCAUAGAAACAGGGAGAUAUUUGUAUAAUAGAAUAUAUAUAUGAAAUAAUAAUAAUAAAAAAAAUACGUAUUUCUGUUUGGCAACAACCUACCCCUCCUAGAUCUGUGCAAGUUUGUAGGCUAAAGGGAUGGAAGCUGCGUAUGGACUUGCCAAACCCAGGUACCGUAUGAUCUCCUAUUUUCACUGGCUCUCAGGCCCGGCCUGCCCUUGCGGUGCUGCCGGUCUGGCCUCCACGGCAGCCCGGCCUGAGAAAUGGAUGUCUGCAGAGCAGGGCAUUCCUGCUAGCUCAGGUGAAUUCAGGAGCUGCAAAAGCUGGUAGCGCCGACAAAAUAGAGCUCCAGUAACUGCUGGAGAAUGGCAGGAGUACUGCCAGAGGGGAUGAAGAACUGAAAGAACAGGAGAAGAUUGUGAAGAAUUCCUUCCAAAUCUUGGUAACUUCCCUGUCUGCAAAGUUCUUGGAAAGGGGGAGUAAGAACCUGGACUGUGCCUGUAUGAUGGAACGUGGCACUGAACUGUGGAAUAUAAAAGGGUGUUUACCAUG